GGUGUGUGUGCGGAAACUGACAGGUAGGCUGCUGUCGUCCUUACGCGAGCUAUAGGCAAUGCAGCGAACGGAUUUACUACAUAUUCUAUGAGGUUCGUGCUUAAAAACGAGAUGUCUUAUUAGCUGGGCCCAAAAUAAGUUCCCUGGUGAAUGUGGGUUAAGAGGCAGCAGGAAAAAAAACUGUAAAUACAACUGUCAGCUUGCCGGGAAAGACGACCACACCAACCGGCUUCCGGGGAUUCAGGGGCCGCAUCGAUUGACGGCAGUCGUCGGUGCGUUGCUAGGGGGGAUAGUGGCGAACCACAUCAUCGCCAGUUAUCAACCUCUAUAUUUCAGCGACUUUCGAGAUGUCAAGAAAGCUUCAAAGGACAGAAGUCUGUGCUGACUGCAGUGCGCCAGAUCCUGGCUGGACCAGUAUCAACCGAGGGGUACUGAUCUGUGAUGAAUGCUGUUCUGUCCAUCGCAGCUUAGGCCGGCACAUCUCCAUAGUCAAGCAUCUGAGGCACAGUGGAUGGCCUCCUGCACUACUGCAGAUGGUUCAGACUUUGGCCAGUAAUGGGGCCAACUCCAUAUGGGAACACAGUCUCCUGGACCCUGCUCAGGUGCAAAGUGGGCGCAGGAAACCCAACCCCCAGGACAAAGUCCAUCCAACCAAGUCGGAGUUCAUCAGAGCCAAAUACCAGAUGUUGGCGUUUGUGCACAAGCUGCCCUGCCGUGAAGAUGAUGGUGUAACUACCAGGGACCUUAGUAAGCAACUUCACUCCAGUGUGCGGACAGGGAGUUUAGAGACCUGCCUUCGACUCCUAUCCCUCGGUGCUCAAGCCAACUUCUUCCACCCGGAAAAGGGCACUAUACCGCUCCAUGUGGCAGCGAAGGCAGGCCAGAUCCUGCAAGCCGAGCUUCUAGUAGUGUAUGGUGCAGAUCCUGGAGCACCUGACAUUAAUGGCCGCACACCUAUGGACUAUGCAAGGCAGGCGGGCCAUAUAGAGCUAGCAGAAAGGCUUGUAGAGUGCCAGUAUGAACUGACAGACAGACUCGCAUUCUACCUGUGUGGACGCCGACCAGAUCACAAAAAUGGCCAUUAUAUCAUUCCUCAAAUGGCAGACAGAGCUCGUCCUAAGUGCCCAACUCAGAGUCUUGACCUCUCAGAGUUGGCAAAAGCUGCCAAGAAGAAACUCCAAGCGCUCAACAAUCGACUGUUCGAAGAGCUUGCAAUGGAUGUCUAUGAUGAGGUGGAUCGCAGAGAAAAUGAUGCGGUGUGGCUUACAACCCAGAACCACAGCACUCUGGUAACAGAACGCAGUGCAGUGCCCUUCCUACCAGUCAAUCCUGAAUACUCAGCCACACGCAACCAGGGCCGUCAGAAGCUGGCCCGUUUCAAUGCUAGGGAGUUUGCCACACUCAUCAUCGACAUCCUGAGUGAUGCCAAAAGAAGACAACAGGGGAAAGGUCUCAGCAGCCCUACAGACCCAUUAGAUCUGGGAAUUGAUGAUGAUCAGCAUGACUACGACAGUGUAGCCUCUGAUGAAGAUACAGACAGUGAGCUGACCACCCAGAACAACAACAACACACAACGCAGCAACCGUGCAAAGAGUAUGGACUCUUCAGACUUAUCAGAUGGUCCCAUCACACUGCAGGAAUACUUAGAGGUGAAGAAGGCUCUAGCCUCCUCAGAAGCUAAGGUACAGCAGCUGAUGAAGGUCAACAACAAUCUGAGUGAGGAGCUACGACGGCUUCAAAAGGAGAUCACACGGAUGCAGACUGAGAACAGCGUGCUGCGGGGGUGCCAGCAGGCUGGGGGCUCAGCUGGCUAUGGGGUAGGGGUGCCUGGUGGAGGAGGAGGGGUAGGAGGACAGUUGCAAGGCAUUGGGAUGAGGGGGGGGAUAGAUGGAGGGGGUCUGGGUGGGUUUGGACCAGGAGUGGACCCCCCUGUACUCUCUGUGCCCUUUUCGGCUGUCCCCCACUCCUAUCACCACCGGAGGGACCGCCAGGCAUUCUCCAUGUAUGAGCCAGGGGCGGCCCCGAACCCCACGGCCCAGGGUACCCCAGCCCUGGACUCCCUGGCAGCCCGCCUGCAGCCCCUCAACACACCCAGCGUAAGGAGGGGGGGUACCGGGAGUCAAACAGCUUUUGGAGGCCAGCAUCUAUCUGGAUCUACAGAGAUUGGGAGAUACAUGGUCCCUAAACUGGAAAAGCAUGGCAGUGGCACUGACAGUGACUAUGACAACACACAAAUGUACGAACAAACACUAAGUAUGGGCCGCAGCAGUGAGGAGGAAGGUCGUGGGGAGUCUGAGGAGGGAGGAGGUCGAGAGGUUGGGGAGCCAGAUCCCACCCUGCCCUGCACAGAGGAUGUCAUACUUAAGACUGAGCAGGUCACCAAGAACAUCCAGGAGCUGCUGAGGGCUGCUCAGGAGUUCCAGCACGACAGCUUUGUCCCAUGUUCUGAGAAGAUUCACUCUGCAGUCACAGAGAUGGCCUCACUCUUCCCCAAACGCCCAGCACUGGAUGCAGUCCACUGCUCCCUCCGCCUCUUGGCUUCCAGUGCCUCACGGUUACAGUUGGAAUGCCGUAAGGCAGCUCCCUCAGAGCCCGGGGCGCCUGCAGUAGACUACCAACUUCUAACUCAGCAGGUCAUCCAGUGCGCCUACGACAUCGCCAAGGCAGCCAAGCAACUGGUCACCAUCACCACUCGUGAGAAGAAACAGUGAUGCAGACAACACUAUCUCUCCCAAAGGGAUGGACAGAUGGAGAAGAGAGCGAGAGAAUGGAUCAAUGCAUGAGUAUGUGGGAAGGGAGGCGUUUAAGAUAAGGAAAGAUCUGUGAUAUUAUGGCAUUAUAGAUUGGACCAGGAAGAUGGAGAGAAUGAAAGGAUGACCCAAUGAAGCAUGGAAAGAUAGGAAGAUGAAUGGAGAAGGAAUCCGAUGGAAGGCAAGUAGGUUGAUAUUUUAGAACACCAUAGACAAGAGGAAAAGGUCAAAUUCACAAGUGUAGAAGUGAAAGUAGGAAAGGAUAAAUGGAAGGAUCCAACAUGAGACUAUGGCUCGCUGCAACCAUAAACUGUUGGAAUCAAAUGUGUUUAAUAAUCCGCUUAAACUGUGAUAAGCAUUCAUGGAAUAUAAAUACAAUGUUGAUAUAAAGUGAACUGGAUUCUAAUAUGUGGCCGCUUUAUUUAUUCUCAGCUGUCACUGGUCAGCCUUCCCCCUCCCUGUUAACCAGAACUAUUGAGAAAGGAAUGAAUGUAUGGUAUGAAAGAGGAACAGUUGGACCAGCCAUGACAUACUCACACCUUCUCCGUCCCUCUGUCCACUGAGGAGUAAGGACAUGUUCAUACUCUGCUUUCCUCUCUCUCUCUCUCUCUCUCUCUCUCUCUCUCUCUCUCUUCUCUCUCACUCCCCUCUCCCUCUCUCUCUCUCUCUCUCUCUCACCAACAAUGAGACAUGAAGAGUGUGCAGUGCAGAGUCUGUGAUCCAUCCUCUGAACUCAACACCUUAAACAUAUGCUGGAACAUAAGCUUUUCUCUGACACGUCAUCCGAUGACCCAGUGUUAUUGUUGGUAACCUGCAUGAUCUGUUAUGUUUUAUCUUCGUUCCUCUCUUUUCUUUACGUUUGUUUUUUUUUACUUUUGAAUAAGCAGAUUAGUUUGGUCUGCACCUCUGGGGAGAAAAUGUAUGAUUUACACAAACACUUACACUGGAGUUAUUGAGAUGUAUUGUUGUUUAUUUGUAUCAAUAGUUUUACAGAAUGUCAUUUUGAUUCAUCUCUUCCUGUAUGAUUAUUUUAUUGUCUCUAAUAUGAAUCUCAUUUGCAGAAAUAGAGAGAAAGAUGGUGAGCAUGUGCAAAGCCUCUUACUGGGAUUAAAGUAAACUUGCACGCAUAUACACAUAAAGUUACAACCUGUGAAUGGUCCUUACAAAUUCUCAUGCACUACUUUUCUGAGUGACAGUUGUGAUAUGUCGUGUGCCAAAGAGGUUGUACAGUUGCCAAAGAACAAAGAAAGGAUGGAAGAGCAGAUUUGUUGUUUGGUUUUGAUUUCCCUUCAUACUAUAACCCCUUGGUGCAUUUUUACAGGACCUUGAUCAAAACCUUUUGUUUUCAUAUAUCCUCAGCUGUCAUUUUGGAUUUAUUUUAUAAAUUGCCUCAUUUAAUUGAACCAGUGGAAUCAUCUCAGAAUCAGUCUGUUAUUUAUUUUUGCUGAGCAACACAAUAAAUUUUGUCCAGUUUG